GGAUCACGCAGAAUCUGGGAUGCUUCAGCGUUUCAAAAGCAAUAAGAAAUAGUGCCGUAGCUUCACAAAAGAUUCAGGUCAUGUUUCGCGACUAAUUAUAAAAAUACUAUUUAAUCUAGCGCUUUUUUCGUUAUUUCAGCGCACUUUUGUAAUCGAGAGUUGGCAACUGCCAUAUGAUGGAGACAUAUGCCAUCACUAUUCACUACUACUGCAAGUCAUGAUGUUGUUUACUUAUCCUAUGUAAGAUUAGAAUAUUGUUUUGCUACAAAGUACAAAUCACCAUCAAAUUCAAAAUGUCCAUCGGUUCAGUUUAUGAAACGGCAUACAAGGGAGACUUUAAUCAAGUGAAAGUAAAAAUUGAUUUGAAUAAAAAAUUGAUUGAAACACCGGAUUCUAAUAGUCGCCUUCUAAUUCAUUGGGCAUCUCUUGGAGGUAAUGAAAAUUUAGUAGAUUAUUUAAUAGAUACAGGCUCUCCUGUGGAUCCUGUGGAUGAUACAAAUUCUACACCUCUAGUACUAUCUGCGUCAGCUGGAAGGUUUGAGGUUGUAAGACUUCUUGUUGGUAAAGGAGCAAAUGUAAACCAUAAAACAGACCGGCAUCAGACAGCUUUACAUUAUGCUUCAUCUAAAGGACAUAAAGAGCUUGUAAAAUUCCUGGUUGAUGCAGAUAGCAAUGUUAAUACUGCUGAUGUGUUAGGUGCAACUCCACUUCACAGGGCUGCAGCUCAGGGUAGAACAGAAAUUGUUGAAAUUUUAUUGAGUUCACCACAAAUUAAUGUUAAUGUCCAGGAUUCAACUGGAUGUUCACCCCUCCAUUUGGCAUGUGAAGAGGACCGCGAACGAGUGGCUGUUUUAUUAAAAAAUGCUGGAGCUCAAACUGAUCUAAAAAAUAAGGAUAAAAAGACACCAUUAGAUUUGUGUUUACCUAAACUUAAAUGUUUACUUGAAUAAAUAUAUUAAUAUAAUAAAUGUUAUUCAUCAUCACGCACUUAAGCUCUGCACCAUCAUUUAUUUACGAUAUCUAAAAAUAGAUCAGGCAUAUAAUAUCCAUUUUGCUUUGAUAACAUAGAUAUUACAUUAUUUUAUUGUAUAUGAAAAUUAUUUGAAAUGUUGAGUUAUUUCAUUUCUGCGUAAUGUUAAACUAUUAAUUUGCUGGUUACUUAGUUCUAGCGCUGCCGCUAUUUUAUUGUAUUAGUGGUAUGUCAAUACUAUUAUAUGAAUCGAGUCUUGCCCAUAUUUAAAGGCUUGGGUACCUGGUUUUUGUAGUAUGUAGUUGUCAAGAGUAGUCUAUUAUACUAGUAGUAGCCUUAAGUAUUAAAUUACAAGAAAGUUAUAACUUAUAGUCUUCUAUCCCACAAUUAUUUGCUUUUGUUGUAUUGUAUUUUAUAUGCUAUGGUAUUCUUAUGUAAAAUAUACUCUGAAAUGUGAAUACAGACUAGGAUAUUCAUAUUUUUAGUCUAUACCUCAAUUUGCGAACUGUGAUUGUUUGUUUUUAAAUAUAACAAUAAUUAAAGUAUUGUAAAAUUGUUAUUGUAUUGAAAUUCUUAAAUAUUUUUUUGUUAAUUCGACAUAUGCUAUUACUGAAUCGUUACAUUGAUUAUUCUUGGGCUAAAUAUUUAUUGUAUUGGGUAAGUAAGUUUACCAUUUAUUAUUAUUUAUCUUAUUCUCAUUACAACGCCACUUUUCUAUUUGAAGCAACAUUUUUUAAGAAACUAUACAUUUCUAAUAAAAAACGUAUCCCUACCGCUUC